AUUAUGACAUGUCUAUCAUUGCUUUGAGCUUGUAAAAGAAUUCUAAAAUAGUAACCUUUUAAAUAUGCCAUUACACUUAUAAGCAAUUACAGCAAGAUAACAAGAGUCAAGGUUCACAUUUAACUUAUGUGGUACUUUAAACUUCGUAUUGCAUAACGAAUAAUAUCCUGGCCAAGGCAGAAGUGUUGUGUUUAUUGUAGCAAAAUGAGCAAUUUAGAGGUUGCUCUGAGUGAUAUGUUUGAACAUUCAUCAGUUCUCCCUAUUAUAGCUGGAGUAAGUGCUGUGGUUGUGUUGGUGACAGUUUUAGCUAACUUAAUAUGGGGAAGGAAAGCAUCAACACCAACAAAGAAGAUAAACCCUGUCACAUUAGUUGAUCCUAAUGUAAAGUAUCCCUUACCUCUAAUUGAAAGGGAAGAAAUUAGCCAUGACACUAGGAGAUUUAGAUUUGGCCUUCCCUCUCCUGAUCAUAUUCUAGGUUUGCCAAUUGGCCAGCAUAUACACUUAUCAGUAAAAUUACAAGAUGAUCUUGUUAUUAGAGCAUACACACCUGUUACCAGUGAUGAGGAAAAGGGAUAUGUUGAUUUGGUUAUUAAGGUUUACUUCAAAAAUGUGCAUCCGAAAUUCCCCGAUGGAGGUAAAAUGUCCCAACAUUUGGAAAGUCUGAAGAUUGGUGACACAAUUGAUGUCAGAGGUCCCUCAGGAAGGCUACAGUAUGUUGGUAAAGGAACAUUCCAAAUUAAGAAGCUAAGAAAGGACCCGCCCACUAAAGUCACUAUGAAAAAACUCAACAUGAUUGCAGGUGGUACGGGCAUCGCGCCAAUGUUGCAACUCAUUAGACAUAUAUGCCAAGACCCCAAUGAUUCCACGGAAAUGAGACUAUUGUUCGCAAAUCAGACGGAAGAAGAUAUUUUACUUCGUGACGAAUUGGAGAAGUACCAACGGGAUCACCCUGAGCAGUUCUGUUUGUGGUACACCUUGGAUAGACCGACUGAAGGCUGGAAGUACAGUACCGGCUUCAUCAAUGACGAGAUGAUUCGCGAUCACCUCUUCCCUCCAGCAGAUGACGUCAUGGUACUUAUGUGCGGGCCACCACCUAUGAUUAACUUCGCCUGCACUCCGGCCCUGGAUAAACUAGAAUAUCCAGCGGAAAAGCGAUUCGCAUACUAAAAUGUGAAUUUUAUUCCAUUCACCUUAGAUUAACUGGUCUACGGGUUAUCAAGAAAAUUGAAAGCAGGUCAACCACUGCCUUACUCUGCAACUCUUUGUAAUAAUUGGAAAAAUCAAUAUCGCUAUCGCCAGAGGAAAUUCAUAUUUUUGUCAAUAAAUCACAAAAAAAAAGUUAAGUUACAAAAAAAAAAAAAAAAAAAAAAAAACAAACAAAAGUUACAUAAAGAAAAAAAAUACUAAGAGCUUGUACGUAAUUAACGUAUACUUUUAUCACAUAAAAUUAUUUAUUCUUUCGCAAAGUUGCGUCAUCUAUAGCAAUUGAGAGUUGGAGAAUAUGGUCACUGUAAUUAGAUAUAAAUUUGGUUAUCUGUGGUGGAAUUAAUGGGACAUACAUUUUGUAAUUUUUACUUUUACACAUUUAAGACACGAACAACAAUUAUGACUAUAUUACUUUGACCUGCUUUUGUCAGUA